UCAACAGUUCUUGGCGGACAUCUAACGUGGCGCAUCGUGGCCACAGCUGUCCGAAGUAUUAUACGCGCGGAAGCGAUACCGACUGCUAACGUGGUGAUUGGUUGCAAGCAUCAGACGUUGUGAAGAACAAGAUUUGUAAAGCUUCACCAUGAGAAUUAUUAUCGAAGAGCGCCCAAACGUGCUGGACGUUUCGGAGCUGUUACGCCCCGAGCCAAAGUUUGUCGACAAGGAAGUGUCCAAGUUCCGGGACUACACAGUGGACGAGAACGACCCACUGAAGGAGCGUGUCCGUCGCACGUACAAGCUUAUGCACACCCAUCAAACGGUUGACUUUGUCAAAGGCCGGCAUGCCGAUUGGCUCAAGUUCGACCACUUCAAAGCCACUAUCCGGCAAGCGCUGGAAAAGCUGAACGAUCUGGUGGAUGAGUCCGAUCCGGAUCUGGAUCUGCCGAACAUUGUGCACGCCUUCCAGACGGCCGAACGUGCCCGCCAGGAGUUUCCCGAGCUGGACUGGCUGCAUCUUACCGGGCUGAUACACGAUCUGGGCAAGGUGAUGGCUUUCUACGGUGAGCCGCAGUGGGCCGUCGUGGGCGACACGUUCCCGGUGGGCUGCGAAUGGGGUCCGAGCAUUGUGUAUCGGGAGGAUAGCUUCGUUGAUAAUCCGGAUGGUGAUAAUCCAAAGUACAAUACCAAAAAUGGAAUGUACGAGCCCAACUGUGGAUUGGAGAAGUUAACAAUGUCCUGGGGUCACGACGAGUAUCUGUACCGGGUAUUGAAGCACAAUCGCAGCACGCUUCCGGAGCAAGCCCUGCACAUGAUUCGCUACCAUUCGUUCUACCCUUGGCAUUCAGGUGGCGAUUACCAUCAUCUGACCAACGAAAAGGACGAACAAACGAAGCAAUGGGUCUUGAUGUUCAAUCGGUAUGAUCUGUACACCAAGUCGACCACACUGCCCGAUAUCGACGCACUGUGGCCAUACUACCAGGGUCUAAUUGACAAGUACUGUCCAGGGGAGCUGGAGUUCUAACCGGAACGUAACCAUACCAAAUCUUUAUUCUUACAUUAGCAAAUGCCAAACACUUGUAGGCUCUUUAGGCUGGCAGUAGAAGCAGUAGCGAACGAUAAUAGUCAAUAGUCAGUGCAGUAAUGCAACACAGUCCUUUACCUCAACACGUACCUCUAGACGGAUGUUUAUAUUAAACAAAACUGUGCGGCUCAUCGAUAACAAUCAUGCUAGGAAACUGUGAUGAAUUUACAACUAUUCAGGCUGAGCUUAAUGAUAAAACAAACAGCGUAGAAUGAAUGAAUACCUUUGCCUGAAGUUACUGUAUCCAAAAUCUGUUCGUUACUCGGAGACCUCUUCAUAUUCCCGUUUCAGCUGUAUGUAGUUAUAAUAGGAUAAUAUUGAGAGGGAAAUAAAAUUGUUUCAUUACAACUGAA